AUGGUUUACGAUGACACCAGUAAGAAGUGGGUCCCGAUCAAACCAGGACAGCAGGGCUUCAGCCGCAUCAACAUCUACCACAACACUGCCAACAACACCUUCAGAGUGGUCGGGGUCAAGCUGCAGGACCAGCAGGUGGUGAUAAACUACUCCAUUGUGAAGGGGCUGAAGUACAACCAGGCCACGCCCACAUUUCACCAGUGGAGGGACGCACGGCAGGUCUACGGCUUGAACUUUGCCAGUAAAGAAGAGGCCACCACCUUCUCCAACGCCAUGCUCUUUGCACUCAACGUCCUCAGUGCGCAGGAAGGUCCAAUCGUGCAGCGCCAGGUCCAGAAUGGGCCCACAACAGAGGAGAUUGAAGCUCAGCGAGCCAGGCAGAUGAUGGAGCAGCAGCAGCAGAUGCAGGCGCACAUGGAGCGAGAGCGACGAUCUUCCAACUCAGGUUCUCCCUUCCAGGGCCAUCCCGCUGUCCUUUCAGUGGCUCCUCCUGUGGCCCCUCCCUCCAUGAACAUGAGUGCUGCUCCUCCUCCUCCCCCUCCCCCCCCAGGGCCCCCUCCACCCAGUGUGGCCCCUCAGCCCCCUCUGCCUCCUCCGCUGCCCCUGGGAGGAGGUCACGGUGACGAGGCUCCAGCUGCCACAGGCCUGGCCGCCAUGAUCGCAGGGGCCAAACUCAGACGCGUCCAAAGAACGGAGACGGAGAGCUCGCCGGCCCCCAAGACUGAAGCCAACAGGACGAGUGGCGGCAGCGGCGGAGGUCUGAUGGAGGAGAUGAACGCACUGCUGGCCCGAAGACGGAAAGCAGCAGAAGAUGGCCAAAACGACGACCCAAACUCGCCUUCACCCAGCACUCGUAGCGGACAAAACUCCACAGACGGUGUGAGGAAACCAUGGGAUCGGGCCAACUCUGCGGAUCGGUCCAUGGUGUCGAGAGCCAGAGCUGCAGGGAGCGGUGGAGAUUCGGACUCUAUAGACUUCGAUAGGAUGAAACAGGAAAUUUUGGACGAAGUUUUCCGUGAACUGCACAAAGUAAAGGAUGAAAUUAUUGAUGCCCUUAGACAUGAACUCACUCGGGUUAGCACGACAUAA